AUGGACAGUGGAGGCAAAGAUUUUGAGGAAGCUAGAGGAAAUGGAGAUGAAGCACCUCAGGCAGAUGUAUAUCAGCAUAGUAAACGUUUUGGAAACAGUCGGGCUCUCAAGUCGUUUGAUAACGUGAAGAAGAAAGUGCGAUACAUUCCUGAUAAAAAAUGCUUCAUAAACAACCCUACUUCUCGUCUUCCAACUCCAAAAAUUGAUAUUGCUAAUUUACAGCAAAUCAGAAGAGACAUGAGUUCCAACAGUAUCUAUUCUGAUUUCGAUGUCUGCAGCGAGCGAUCCUUUCCUCUAACAGAUGACGAUGACUGUGUUAGUCUAACAGAGGUCUCUCCAUCCUCCCCAGAACAUAUGUCGUCAGGCAUUCCUAGUCCAGUUAAGUCGGAAGAUGACAAGGAAAAGAAAAGAAGGAGGAGUCGCUGCAAAGUGAAAAACGAAGCUCUGAUGCACAGUAUCAAAAGGACACGGAGGGUGAAAGCUAACGAUCGUGAAAGAAACCGAAUGCACAACCUUAAUUCUGCACUUGAUGAGCUCCGCAGCAUCCUGCCCACGUUCCCAGAUGACACCAAGCUGACCAAGAUUGAAACUCUGCGCUUUGCCUAUAACUACAUCUGGGCACUGUCUGAGACUCUGCGCUUAGCUGACCUGCACUUAGAAAGCGACAGCUCUUCAAGAGUGGUGCUGCCCGUGGUGCUGAAUGUGUGCCAAGCGGAGCAACAGUCACCCCACAGUCCUUGUAGUGACUCUGGUUCUUGGAUGUCGGCAGCUUCUCCAUCCCAUUCGUCACCAGCCCUUUCAUCCAGCUGCUGUUCUUUCAGUCCCAGUAGUCCAGCAACCUCAGAAGACUUCUGCCACCGACCUAGCGAGAGCAUGUUCUCUUUGCACUGUUCUCUUGCUAAAGAGUUUGGCAAUAUGCAUUGCUUUCCUGAAUACUAGCAAAUGAAAACCCCAUGAUAACUUACCAACCAGACAAGCUUAAACUGUGUUUGAGUUAUAAUGGACUGCACACCACAGAAGUAUCCUAAGAUUGACUUGAAGAUCGGUUUGCUUGUUACAUGUGCUUAUGACAAGAAACUGAACAAAACUUAAAUGGCGGGGGUAGAUGGUGGGAUCCUUCUAAAACAGACUGUCAUAUGUUAAAUUAAAUGUUGUACUGAACUGUCAGAACGUACCAGUUUAUGUAAUGAAAGUGUUUAUAGCAAAUGGGUUGUUUGUACAACUUUAAUGCGUUUAAAUUAACAUUUGGCAGAAGCAUUGGUAAAUGUGGUCUGAUGAAUGUAGGUUACUAUGUUUGUUUUGCUCACACUUCCCUUUUUGCACUUUUGAAAGUUUAGUACAAAACACACACAUUGGUUGUCUUUUUCUUAACUCCUGUCAGUCUGUUGGAAAAGCAGUCUCAGAAAAGAUAAUGGACAUGCUUGCUGCUACCGAGAAGGUGAAAAGUCAAUUUUACAAUUUGUAUAAGAUAAUGAAGAAUGGAGACCGUGGAAAUUUGGUUUGAACGCUUUGACAAUAGAAUGAAAAGACUUUAGAAAAAAGACAAGAAGCUGGGUCGAUAGAUUAUGGAUUUUGACCUUAAGCAUUACAGUCUUUAUGUAGCCGGCUUCUCUGAGUCCGGCGGUGCUGUUAGGUAACAUUUUAAACAGUUUAUUAGUUUUAUAAUUUAUUCCAUUCUAUAUAUAACGUGUAUUUUUGUAUAUAUAAAGAGAAAAUAUUCUAAUAAGUAUUUCUUUAUA